GUCAGUGCUUGCAGUGUCAAAAGUCAAAACAUUGGAAUUUGAAAUCAUCAAAAUCGGAACCUCAGUUUGUUUGAUUUCCCUGGAGCAAACUUAAAUUAUAAAAACGAAAAAAUAAAUCAUGCCUAAAACUAGUAAGCACCACAACGAAGAAAAAUAAAUAACUCAAAAUGUUUAUCAAAAGGCCAAAUUUUCAAAUGUUAAACACCUGGACUAAUGAAGAAAAACUCACCCAUUUAGCUUACUCCAGUAGGUUCCUGAUAGUGUUUUUGCAAUAUACAGCGAACAGGAUCAUUCCCGACCAUGAUGCCAAAGUCUUUACUUAUCCGGAACCCCACAAUAAAACUGCAUGUGAUAAAGUAGUUGACCAUGUAUUGGGGGGCUUCCUGAGAUGGGAUGCCCAAUAUUUUAUGCAUAUAGCUAAGUAUGGUUAUACUUAUGAAAAUACUUUAGCAUUCUUUCCAUUAUAUCCCUUAUUUGUGGGUUUCAGUGGGAAAUUAUUGUCCCAAAUUGUAGGUGAAGUUCAUCUUGAUUCUAUCCUACUCAUAUUUUUUAUAACAUUAAAUAUAUAUAUUUUUAAGGAAUCUACAUUGACUCUCUAUAAGUUAACAGAAAUUUUGUUUAAUAAGAAAGUUGCUUAUGAUAGUGCAGUCCUGUUUUGUUUUAGUCCUGCAUCUAUAUUUUUCGUAGCUCCAUACACAGAAUGUCUUUUUAGUUACUUAACUUUCUGGAGCAUAUUAAACUGCCUUCAAAUGUACAGAAAAUAUAGCAAACCAAACAAUGAGUUUGGCAUAAAAGAUUUUAUGUGUAUUCUACCUGUAGCUUUAAGUACAAUAACCCGAUCAAAUGGAAUUUUAAACAUUGGUUUCUUGACUUACACCUUCAUAAGUGUCUACAAGAAAAAACUAAAAUUGCAACAGCAAAAGCUCUGUUUACAUUCCAUAAAUACUUUAAAAUAUGGGUUUGUAAUGCUUAUGGCAAUACUUGAUUGUCUGAUACCAUUUAUAGCAUUUCAAUAUUAUUGCUUACUGAAAUUUUGUCAAGAUUUUCCUACAGAACUCCCAGAAGAAAUUUUACAUCAUGCAGCUAAAAACAAGUUUAUUUUACCAGGGACUUUUACACUUAAUGACCAAAAGUGGUGCAGCAGUUGGCUGCCAUUGGCUUAUUCCUAUGUGCAAGAUCAUUAUUGGAAUGUGGGAUUUUUGAGAUACUAUGAGUUUAAACAGUGGCCAAACUUUUUACUAGCUUUUCCUAUAUUAUUUAUAUUAACUUAUUCAUCUAUAAAACACUUAUAUGUUAACUUAGUGUUAAGGAAGUAUUAUAGUAUUUUCAUCAUGGAAAAUCCUACUAAAAUUAAAAAACAUAAAGUUCGCUAUUCUGAUGGGGACCUUUACCAACCAAAACUGAUGGUUUUUUAUGUGCACACCUUGUUUCUCUCUUUGUUUUGCACCUUUUUUAUCAAUAUACAAGUAUCAACAAGGUUGCUGUGUUCAGGAUCCCCGGUGGUUUACUGGAUAUGCUCAAAGCACUUACAUUUAUUCAAAUUUCCAUCAAAGUCAGACAGUUCAAUUGACCUGCUUCUGAGGAUUUAUUUUAUUGGUUACUUUGUGGCUGGAAUUUUGCUUUUUUGCAAUUUUUUGCCUUGGACUUAAGGUCUUGUUGCGGAAAUAUGUAUAUCUUUAUACUUCACUUACAUAAUUUGGUAACAACAGUCCUGGAUGUUAUAUAUUUUUUCACAGUAUACAUCAAAAAGAAACAAUUUCUUCCAUAACUUGUGAUGAAUUUAUAUCAGUAUUCUAAUGGGCAAUACAUUACUUGUAUAUAUUUAUCUUCUGAUAAUGUUUCUUGAAGUUUCUAAAAUUUUAUAAACAAAUUACUCUUAAUUUUCAAAAAAAAUACAUUGAAAUUUCAAAAAUGUUAUUAGGGAUCAUAGAAGUAUAUAUGAAAUUGUAGUAUUUAUAAAUUAUAACAAAAUACAGUUAUUAUACUGCAAUAUUUUAGUGUAAAAAUACAGAUAAUUACUUUGUUUGUUGUUAAUAGCAAUAAUUAGUCUACUAUAAAGUUGUAAUUACAGCUGUAAUUAAAUAAUAUGUUGUUACUUAUAACUGAAAUGCCAUUUUUCUGAGAAAUUGCAAUAAACCGUGUAGAAAGGUUUUGAAAUUCAUGUUUCUGAAAAAUGGGUUAGGAAAAAACUGCCUAAACAUAAUAUGGCUACAAUUUUUCCCUAUGAUUUAACAUUAGAAACAUGUUUACUACUACUAUUGUUAAAUUUUUAUAUUAAAUAUAUGGGUCCAACAUAAACAAACUUUGAGGUUCUUUAAUUUUGUGCCAUUUUUAUUUAGGUGAUUAACCUAAAUAAAUGUAAGAUUAAGCCAUACUCAAAGAACCUCAAAGGUCUGUGGUAAUCAACGACGCUUAAAAUUCUAGUCAGUAGGUUAAUACAUCAAAUCUAUAUACUUUUUGUCUUCCGUGCAAACUGUACCUUUUAGAAAAUAAAAAACUAGUUAAUUA